AUGGCCCAUCAAGCACACGCGUAUCAUAUAGUCGACCCCAGCCCUUGACCCUUGACAGGAGCGGUUGCCGCCCUGCUAAUGACAUCAGGCCUUGCAACCUGAUUCCACCAACACUCAACCACCCUAAUAACACUUGGCACAAUUCUUUUGCUUCUAACAAUAUACCAAUGAUGACGAGACAUCGUACGGGAGGGGACCUUUCAAGGCCACCACACACCCCCGGUUCAAAAAGGACUACGUUAUGGUAUAAUCUUAUUUAUCACCUCAGAAGUGUUCUUCUUCUUAGGCUUCUUCUGGGCUUUUUACCAUGCCAGCCUCGCUCCCACUCCAGAAUUGGGGGGCUGCUGACCUCCCACAGGUAUCACCACCCUAGACCCCUUUGAAGUCCCCUUACUUAACACGGCCGUGCUGCUUGCCUCUGGGGUUACCGUCACCUGAGCCCACCACAGUAUCAUGGAAGGCCAACGAAAAGAGGCUAUCCAAUCCUUAACCUUAACAAUCCUCCUUGGCUUCUACUUUACAUUCCUUCAAGGAAUAGAAUACUAUGAAGCCCCAUUUACAAUCGCAGACGGAGUUUACGGUGCCACCUUUUUUGUGGCAACUGGUUUCCAUGGUCUACAUGUAAUUAUUGGCUCUUCCUUCCUCGCAGUCUGUCUGCUCCGCCAAAUUAACCAUCACUUCACCUCCCAACACCACUUCGGAUUUGAAGCAGCUGCCUGAUACUGACAUUUCGUAGACGUUGUUUGACUAUUCCUUUACGUCUCUAUCUAUUGAUGAGGCUCAUA